AAAAGAUUAAGCGAUGUUUUGAAUUGACAAUAUUUUGAAAAAGUUAAUUAAUUUAAUUUAUCCUUUCAAUGAAAAAUAGAUCAAUGAUAAACUGAAUAUGGCCGCCUCAGAUAAUAUUCAGGUGGCCAUUAGAGUCCGACAGCUUAUCCAGAAAGAAUUUGCAAGUGGUCUGAAGUCACAUUGGAGUGUAAAUAACAACACUAUUUGCUGCGAUGAAACUGAUGUCAAUGGCAGAAAACCAUCUCCCUAUGUAUUUGAUCGAGUAUUUGAUGAUACUACAGUCACUGUUGACAUUUUCGAGGAAAUAUGCAAACCUAUUGUGGACUCAGCCUUGGCAGGUUUUAAUGGCACCAUAUUUGCAUAUGGCCAAAGUUCUUCUGGAAAGACUUUUACAAUGUCUGGUAGCCGUGUCCAACAAGGAAUUAUUGCACUGGCAGUUGAUGAAAUUUUUACCCAUAUUGAGAAUAUACCUGAUCGUGAGUUUUUGAUACGUGUUGGUUAUCUUGAGAUAUAUAAUGAAAAAGUUUCCGACCUGCUGAGUGCUGAAGACAGUUACCUUAAAUUACAGGAAGACUCGGAUCAUAAUAUUCAGGUAAUAGGAUUGACAGAAGAGGUGGUACAAGAUAUUCAAGGUGUAACCAAAGUUCUUAAGAAAGGAGAUGCUAAACGUCACACGGCUGAGACAAAACAAAAUGAUAGGAGCUCAAGAUCUCAUAGUAUUCUCAGAUUUGUCAUAGAGAGUAGAGAGACUGGUCACGAAGAUGAUGCUGUCAAUGUAUCAAAUCUAUAUUUUGUUGAUCUGGCUGGCUCAGAGAAAGCUAAUGAUAACUCGGGUGACAGGUUUCGUGAGGGAUGUGCUAUCAAUAAAAGUUUGUUUACACUUGGCAUGGUUAUACGUAAACUUAGUGGAGAUGCCAGUCAGCAGCAUGUGUCAUUUAGAGACUCGAAAUUGACACGUAUUUUACAGAAUGCCCUCGGUGGCAACUCAAAAACUGCAAUUAUCUGUACAAUCACCCCGGCACAUAUAGAGGAAUCGGACAGUACUCUAAAGUUUGCAUCUAGAGCAAAGAACAUCAAGAAUAAGGCUGUAAAGAAUGAGGUGAUGAGUGAAGCUGCUAUGUUGAAACAAUACAGGUUAAAAAUCAAGGAGCUUGAGAGACAGAUUAAACAAGGGGCGAACAAUUCAGACAUUCAUGUAGAGAGGGCAGAAUUGGAGAAACAGCUUCAGAUCAAGGAGGAGGCAGAAAGACAACAAGCAGACUUGAUAGCAAAACUACAGGCAAUGAUAGUUACAUCUGGCUCCGGUCAUAUCACCCAGGAACCACCCAAGAAAAAGAGAAGGGAGACAUGGUGCCCAGGAAAAGCUAAAAGUGAAUUUCAUGUUCUACGCCCUAUUUCUGAGAUUUCACCACCAAAGAUUCAAGAUCUGAAAGAUAAAACUCUUCCAUUUACUACAAGAGUUCAAGACAAUACGGUAUUUGAGGAGGAAGACUCGUUCCAACUGCUAGAGAAUAUAAUGGUUCCAGGCUCUAGUUCAUCUAAGAAAGACUCCCCUGAUCCAAAUGAGACGAUACAGACAAAUUCUCACCUGAAAGAACUAUUUAAGUUGCAAGAUGAACACGAGACUGUGCUUGAGGAGUUGAGAAAGAAAGAUGCAGAACUGAAAGAAUUAACAGAAUUCACAAAUAUAGAAAGAGAAAUGGAGGCGGAGGAGAUGAAACAGUUAAAAGAGGAAAUGAAAAAAUUGACAGAAGAGAACAAAGCAAUGAAAGAAAGUGUGAUCUGGUUAGAGGAAGAACUAAUGAAAUCUCAAAAUGAAAGAAAAAAUUUACGACAUACUAUGGAAUCGACAAAUGCCCAAUUGAAUGCUGCUCAAGAUGGUUCUGGAAUAACAGAGAAAUCUCAGCAGUUGACUGUGUCAGAGGCGAAAGUUUCUAAUCUUAGUAACGAUAUAGAAAUACAGAAAUCUCAGUAUGAAUUUGCCAUCCAGCAAAUGAAGCAUAAGUUAGAAGUUUACAUGACAUUGUUAGAGGAGAAAGGUGUGGAUUACAAUGUUAUUAAAGCCAGGCUUUCUAGUCAGUCGGAGGAAUUAGAAGAGAUUCAUACACAGAAAAAUAAUGCAGUAGAAGAACUUAAGGAAAAACAUGAACAAGAAGUAACUGAUUUGAGAAAUGAAGUCGAUAUGUUAGUUCUCUCCCUUGAAAAAGAGAAAGCUGAUACAGCUGAACUGCAGAAACAAUUUGAAUUAGAAUUUGAAGAUCAGAAAGCUCGAUUUCAAAAAGAUAUUGCGGAGGCUAAGGAAGAGAUUGAAAUUUACCAACAAAUGUUAGAAGAGGAAAAAUUAAAAAAGACCUCUGAUAAAAAAGAUGAUAAUGAAGGAACAACAGUAAAUGCUGAUGUAGUUAAACUUGCUGAAUUAGAAUCUCAGUUUGAAUUACAAAAACAAACAUAUGAAACAGAAAUUGAAAAGUUACAAAGUGAAGUUAAAAAGCUAAAUGAAGCUCAACAAAUAGAACAGGAAAAGUCAGAUGAAGAAAAAUCAGUAACUGCAAAGGACUUUGAGAAAUUAAAGGCAGAGUAUGAACGUAAAAUUGAAGAGUUGUCAGCCCAGUUAGAACUUGCUAGUAGUGGUAAAUUAGAGCUAGAAAGCAAAUAUGAACAGAAGAUUAAUGAUCUUAAUAAAAUACAUGAACAUUUGGAAACAGAGUUGAAAGAACAAACCAAAGAGAAGCUUAGUGAAUCUAAAGAAUGCCAGACAGACAAGGUAGAAAGGCAUGUUAACUUUGACAUUAAUUCUGAAAUUGAAACUCAAAAAGAAAGAUAUGAAGAUAUGAUUAAAGACUUGACAGAAGAAAGAGACGCUUAUCUUGCCGUUUUGGAAGAAAGAAGUUUUAAUGAAUCACAAGUAAGUAAUGUAGAACUAGUUAAGUCACAGUAUGAAGAACAAAUCAUGGCUUUGAAAUCUAAUCUUGAUAAAUAUCAUGAAACAUGCAAUGCAAAAUCAGAUGACAGUGAAACAUCAGUUAGAGAUGUAGGGGUAGAACAGGUUGAGCAGUUUAAAGAACAAAUACAAGGAUUGGAAUCUGAGGUAGAAAAAUACAAAGAUUUACUUGAAAGUGAAAAGGCAAAAUCAAGAAAAAGUGAAGGAUUUAGCUUUACUUUUGAUGAAAGUGUUUGUAGUAAAGAUAGUAGUGAAUCAGGCUUUGAACAUAAUACAAAUUGCGGAAUGGAUUUACAGAAAGAAAUGCUUCAAGCUGAAAUUAACAAACUUAAGGAAACACAUGAAUGUGAAAUCAACGAAUUAAAUGAUGAGAUAGAAAAGUAUAAGAACUUGUUGGUAAAGAACAAAUCCAUAGACAUUGCUAAAGAAGGCUCAAACAACAUAUCUCAUGACAAUGUAGUUAUUCAUGAAAUGAAUGUAGAUGUUAAUGAACAAUCACGGAAAGAAAUUAAUGAGCUAAGAAAUAAAAUACAGCAGCUUUCUAAUGAUCUUGAUGCUGAGAAAGCAAAGAACAAUAGGGCAGCAGAUGAUGAUGUGUUGGAUUUGAAAUCAGAAAUGUUAAAGGCUGAAUUUGAGGAAUCUGAGACAACACACCUUGAGAGAAUCAGAGAACUUGAAUCUAAACUUGCAUCUUAUGAAGAGCAACUACAACAUAGAGAAAAGAGUGAAGACGAAGUUAUUGAAGCAAAGAACUUGGAAAUUGUUGAAUUGAAAGUGAAACUUGAUUCAUAUGAUGACAUGCUACAGCAAGAGAAAGCUAAAUUGGAAAGAAUUCUUGAGUCUGUUGAUGAAAGAAGAUCGGAACUAGAGAAACAUGAAAGUAUGAAAAGUAUGUAUGAGGAAAAGAUUAAAGAGUUGAAUGAGGAUAUAAAGAUUUACAUGGAUUUACUGGAGGAAGGAAGGAAAGAAAAUACUGAAAACCAACAGUCUGAGACUGAAGAAAAAGAUAUGACAAAGUAUACAGAAGAAAUUGAAAGGUUGAAAACUGAGCUUGAGAAAUUUACAAAUUUGUAUGAAAUGGAGAAAGAAAAAAACAGCCGAGAAAACACAGCAGAGCAUAGUAACCUUUCUAUUGUAACAGAUAAUGAAAAACUAAAAAUGAAUAUUGAAGAACUAGAAGAGAAACACAGAAAAGAAGUUGAAUUUAUGAAAGAAGAGUUUGCUAAAUUUGCUGAGCAGCAUUUAAACAGUAAAUUGGAGGGGAAUAAUGAUAUUGAAGAAAUAAAAUCUCUGUAUGAGAAAGAAAUUGACAGCUUAAAGGAAGAAUUAGUAGACUUGAAACAAAGAUAUGAGAAACUUGAAUCAACAAAACCUGAAUCAGAAAGUUAUGAUUUGAAAUCAGAAAUGCUUCAGUCUGAAUUGGAUGAUCUGAAAGAGUCACACAAGACUGAAGUUGACUCCUUACAAACAGAACUAGAGAAGAUUAAAUCAAUGCAAGAAUGUAGUGAGAAUCUCUCUCUUACUGAAGACAUUAAGAUUAAAUAUGAAAAAGAAGUAUCAGAACUUAAAGAGCAACUGGAAAAAAUGAGCGCAACAAAUUUACAAAGUGGUGCCCAAGAGUCUGUAAAUAUAGACAUGGACCUUCAGAGUGAAAUGCUGAGAGCAGAAAUAGAAACACUGAAAGCUAAGCAUGCUGAAGAAAUUAAAGAUUUACAAGAACACUUACAACCUGUGGAAUGCAAGAAAACAAUAGAUGUUAGUAUGAACACAAGCAAUAUACCAGGUGAAGAUGAUGUACCAGACACAGAUGAAGUGAAACAGUUAAGACUGGACUUGGAGAACUGCCAGACAUGCUUGCAGGAAGAGAGAGAGAAGUGUUCCUAUCUAGAACAGACAAUUCAGACUUCUAAGAAGGAGCAUGAGGUAUAUGAGAGGACUAUCGAGGAGAUGCAAGAAGACCUGAGUACCAUGACAACACAACUACAACAACUUCCUCGAGAUAUAGAGGUGCUUCAAGCUGCUAACACUAGACUUAAACAGGAGAAACUUGACCUUAUCAAUGCUAGAGAGAGAUUUAGUCAGUUAUCAGACGAGCAUGAAGGUUCUAUUCAGGAGCUGCAAGAAAAAAUCAAAGAUUUACAAGAUAACAUUGAGCAAACAGAAAAUGAAAAUGCAGGUUUGAAAACAACCAUAGAGAAGCUUGAACAGCAUAUAAGUAUUGGUAAAGGCAUGCUGGCUAGCAAGGAUGAGGUAAUUAAUAAAUUAACUAAUGAUUUGGAGGAACAGAGAGACAAUGUUUAUACUGAAGUGCAAGAGAAAGUAAAGGAGAUGACAGAAUAUGUGAAUGAACUUGAAGCAAAGGUAACAGAUACUGAAGAGGCUUUGAAGCAAGCAAAUGAAAAAGUUGAGGAAUUUGAACAGAGUGAAGCUCAGUUCUCUGACAAGAUAUUAAACCUGGAAUCUGAUGUGGAAUUGUACAAGGAAAAGGAAGAGACCUUAAGUAAAGUAUGUAUGGAAUAUGAAGAGAAAAUUGUUACACUAGAAACAGAUCUGGAAUCUAUGAAAGUGAAGAAUGUUGAGCUGGAAAAUAGUUGUACAGGUUUGGAAAAGAAGAUAGAAGGGUUGUUAGAGCAUUUAGAGUUGGCUCAAAGCAAUGACAUGGAGUUGAAAGAGGUUCAGAGCCGUUAUCAGGAUAAGAUCACAGAACUUGACACUGAAAUUAUACAACUUAAAAACAAUAUCAGUGAAAUUGAUUCUGACCGAAAUGACCAAAGAAACAAGUGUGAAACUAUAUUAAGUAAAGUUGAAGAGCUAGAGAAAGAGUUAAAAACAGAAACUGAGAAAAAUGAGAAGUUUGAACAAGAGAGAGCUGAAAUAGUGAAGAAGUUUGAACAACAGUUGGAUGAUUCCAAAGAAAAACUGUUAGAAACAGAAGAGAAGUUAGGUUUGUAUGUGGAGACUUUGAAGGAACUUGAAGAUGAUGUCAAGUUCAAAGAGGAAGAAAAUAAACAACUGUGUGCAAGAAUUACUGAACUUGAAGCAAGCAUUAAUGUUAACAUGGAAUCACUCACAUUAGAGAACAACAUACUGAAGGUCAAACUGGAGAAUUUGGAAUCUGAACUGAAAGAAAAGCUAGACUUGAUAAAAACAUGUGAAAUUGAAAUUGUGUCUUUGAAGGAUAAGUUAUCUGAAGCAGAUAACAGUAGUAAAGAAAGAGAGGAGUUGGAUAGAGUUAAAGCUGAACUCGACAGCAAGGUCAAGAUUGCUCAAGAAAAGGUGAAGGUCAUCGAAGCAGAGCGAGAUGAAGUCAUGAAUAGGGCAGAAACUCUGAAAUCUGAAAAAGAAAUUAUUCAGAAGAGAUUGGUAGCAUUGGAAGAGGAGAAGUUGUUACUGGAGGAAGAUAAUUUACAAUUAGAGAAAGGAUUACAUCCAACAUCUCUCAAGUUCCAUUCUAAACCAGAAAAUGUGGACUGGGAAAACAAAUGGACAGAAUAUUGCAGAGAAGAAAAGAAGAAGCGUGUAGCAGUGUAUGCAACUGUUAGAUCAUUGAGAAAAGAAGUACAGAAAGCACAAGAAAAACAAAAGAAUGCUUUUGAUGAAGCACUUGAGGUAGUGUAUGAAAAAGAAAAGAAUACAGAUGUAUACAAGAAACUAGAGGAGCAUCUGAAAACGGUCAAUGAUGAAGCUAACACACUAUACUUUGAUCUCGAAGCUGAAAGAAAAAUAACUAAAGAAUUGAAGGACAAAAUGGAGAAGCUUGGCAAAGGAGGUGUUGAGAAAAAUGAUAUCAACUUCAUGACUCAAGAUCAUCCAUGUAAAUACAAGCUGGAAGGUUUCAGUGCCACACAAAAGCUCCAAACAGCUGUUGAGGAACACAAUAAAAGGAUAUCACAAUAUGAGGAGACGAUAAAACAGUAUGAAGCACGAGUUGCUCGCAUGAAGAAUGAAAUGAGGAGACUUCAGAGUAACCUAGACAACACAUUUGAAACAAGGUCCAUGACACAGCCAAAGUUUGAGAAAGAACAAGUUAAAGCUCAACCUUCACCAGCGCCAUCUGUCACAGAAAACCUGUCAUUAGGUAGCAGCAUGAGGAGUGGAGUUAUUGAUCAUUUUAGGGUGUGUGAGAUGUCAGCUGAGAAUAAGAGAUUACAACAGGAGAUCGAGAAACAGAAAAAGAAACUGUCCCGCGUUGAAAAUCUCGAACAAGAGAAUACAAAGGUGAAAGAAGAGUUGCAGAGUUUCCGGAAGAAAUAUCAUCAGGUUGCAGAAAUUGAGAAGGAGAAUCAGUAUUUGAAAGAGGAACUUAAAAAAGCAACAGAUAAAGGCAAGGACUGCAGUAGGAACACUUCAUUACUAGGCAAUUCCAGUUUCAGAAAUCCAUUGGAAGACAUGUUUCUUACCGGAUCAACCACAGUGACAGAACCCAUAUCCAUACCACCAAGCCCAAAGAAGGAACCAAGGUUUAAAGUGCCAGAUCUGAAUCCUACAAAGAAGGAGGACACUUUGAUAAAAGAAUGUAAAGAAGAAGUUAACAAUUGUAAAACCUCUUAACAGUCAAUAAAUAUCAUUAGUUAUAUUGAUUGCUGACAGGUUAUAUGGCUCUGAAUAAUCUAUAUAUCACCCAAGCUGCUAAUGGGUAAUGUACAGCAAACAAAACAACAUUAGUUAUAAAGAUUUUUGUCAGGUUAUAUGGCCCUAUAUAAAUGAUUGGUU